AUGCUAGGGAAAACUGUGUUGAUACUGUGCGGCGUGUUGACGAUAUCGCAGUGCUGCUACGUUUUUCCAAAAGGUACUUCAACGCAAAUAACGAGCGGAACGACGACGUUUCAGCCUCUCCAUGCUCUCCUCUCCGGUUAACGGGACUGGAUUCGCGUUCGUCUGAAGCUCUGUAACGAAGAUCGGGAAGAAUGACGAACGCGAAGUUCACAAACUUGAGAGUAUCCCGCGAAAUGGAAUAUUCAAGAGUAAUUUCGCGAGUCGAUUCCUCAUUCACGGCCAGGGACGGAACAAAACAGAUUGUAAAAUAAUUGAACGAGAGAUUCUGUAAAUUCGACCGAGAGCAUUUCCUUGUUAUAUAAACAAGGGAAGACGGAUGGAGAAACAUCCUUCUCUUUCUAAAUUUAUUCUUCGACGCAAGUUGUUUGGUCUUUCUUACUUCUGCGUUAUCCAUUUUCAUCGGGGUAGCCUCUCGCGGGUUUUCUUCCUCCGAUCGUGCAACUUGCAGUUACUUUUAACCAAUACCAAUUUCAUACAAAAAGUAGAGUGAAUGAUUCGAAUAUCGAGUAGAUCAGAUUCGUCAAAUGUAAGAAUAUAUUAUUCGUAGAUGAUACAUCGUGCAGUGUAAUAAUGUACAGGGUAUCGUGUUUUAAUCUUCCAGGGAAAAUAUUUGAAAAGAUGCAAAAUAUAUGAAAAAGUAUGCAUGUAUUCUUUUUAUUUUUUUUCUUUUUUUGGCGUAUCACUAGCAUGAUCUCAUAUAGCUUUUUUUCUAAAGUAGUUUUUCAUCUACUUUUCCUUAGAAGAUUAAAACGGGACGUUACCUGUAUAAUACGGAAAUCUAUUUCUAGAAACCAAAUGUACCAUCCUUUUGAAAAAAGCCAUCUUUUACUUCCACUUUCGCGUUCGCUCCAGCGGAAAAACAAGCUACUCCUAUCUCCUUCUCUGUCUCCGUACUCGUGUCCCGUGUCGUUUACUCAGAAAGAGGGUCACGAUAUCAUUGGCACAGCGAGCGAAAAGAAUGUUUUAAUUGGGCUUACGGCUCUCCGUUCCGGGGAUGGUUCCAUUAAAAAUUUUCACCGGCUUAGCCGCGGCUGAAUAUUCGCGGACGGCUUUUAUCUGUUCAAAUCCCGGGAAGAAAGGAGAAGCGAGGGUCGACGCGCGCACGGUCACGGUUCGUACGCUGUAUUUUAUCGCGCCACAACCAAAUCCCACCCCCUUCCCCGUAGACGAUACUUUGUUCAUCGUGAAUCGCGCGGAUUUAAUUUCACGCUGCUUUACGACGCGCGCCCGUGUUUACGGUUAGUAAUUACAUUUGAUGCCUGUGCGAUCGCGUUACCGAUGAAAAAAAAAAAAUUAUUGAUCAAACCCCGCCAGCCUUCCUGCGUCCUUCCUGUACUUUCGAACCGACGUAGAAGUUUCGAAAAAAAAAAAACUCGUAUUACUUACGAAUCUUGGAACACCUCAGUUUCUGAAUUUGGACACAAAUUCCCGAGUCUCGCAUGAAACGGACGCGUUGCAAGCGUUUCUACCUUCGAACGAGAGCCACGAAAGAAAAAUUGAAAUAUCGAGGCUUUCGAAAACUUGACCUCAUCUCCGACGGUUUUCCUUCCCCGCGGAGGAUCGUAACACGUAAACGUUCGAGAUAAAUUUGAUUCGAGAGUCGGACAGUGUCUCUUCGAUCGACUUUCGGGUCGGAACGAUCGUUAAUUUAAACGACGCGACGAAUUUUUGUGUUACAGAAAUCCCGGACCCAUGCGCGAAGCAGAAUUGCACCCAGGGUGCGCAAUGCGUGCGAAGCAGAGACGGCAAGGAAGCCACCUGCGAGUGCCUGGAAUCCUGUCCGAAUUUAGGGGAUCACGAGGGAUCGAGCCCUGUCUGCGGCACAGAUGGGACCGACUAUCCGUCUCUCUGCGAGCUGAACAGAGCAGCCUGCGCGAAGGGUGCUAAUAUCACUGUAGCAUUUCAAGGGAAAUGCGGUGAGUAUUUCUCUUUCCGUUGCAACGCCAAACAUUUAUCUUCCGCUCCCUCCCCCGUGAAGUUAGAAAGCCAACAGAUAUACAGCAUGUUGUAUAUCUGAUAAGUAGACUGCGGAUUUUUGUGCGCUCGAAAAAACAUGGAAUGUAAAAAUAUACGAAAUACACUCUUAUUUAAUGAACUUUCUGGCCAAGUUCCAUUGUUUUCAAUAUAAAUUUGUAUGAAUAUCAACAGUCUAUUAA